ACUAAGCCAACUUGACAUCCAACGACCUAUUCCUGCGACAGUCAUACACUUACGUUGAUUUCAACCCACCCCUGCUUUCACAGUGGGAUUUACUCUGCAAGGGCCUCUACUGUGUCUCAACAUUCUAGCUACCAUUUAACCCUGAUAUCAUAUAUCGCUCACAGCAUCUCAUCCCUAUUCGAGUCCGCAAACGGAUUUAUACACAAUCGUCACUCUCCAACACCAACUUCUUCGCCUCAACCCGUCUGACAGUUCUCGACGAAUAAUCAUGGCGAGCGUAUCAAUACAAGACCGGACGAGUGAGUUCCGGUCCAUUCUGACCCAGGCUCAGAAGCGUCAGACCUCGUCAAGAUUCGGGCCACAACGACAAUCCCUCCUCUCGGACUCUCAACGACGGGAAGCAAAUGGCUCACCGACCGGAGGCGUAAAACGGGGCUCAAGGUCGGAAUUUGCUAGAAGAGCAGCUGAAAUUGGUCGAGGGAUCACUGGAACCAUGGCGAAACUGGAAAGAUUAGCACAAUUGGCAAAGCGAAAGACGUUGUUUGACGACAGGCCUGUCGAGAUUGCUGAAUUAACCUACAUAAUAAAACAAGACCUCUCUUCGCUCAAUCAACAAAUCUCUUCCCUCCAAGCGCUCUCAAAGUCACAACACCCUCAGUCCCUUCGACAUGGAGGCGCUGAUCAGGAGGGCGAACACAAUAAGAAUGUCGUCGUCUUAUUGCAGGGUAAGCUUGCAGAUGUGUCCGUAAACUUCAAGGAUGUGCUUGAGGUUCGGACAAAGAACAUUCAAGCCUCACGCUCUCGGACGGAAAACUUUGUAUCCUCGGUCUCUUCGCAUUCACAAGCAGCCGCGUUCGACCCUCACCGAAGCGAUUCUCCACUUUACAACACGCCAGGGCGAAGCCGAACACCACAGUCGCCGUACACCGGGUCAAACCCGGAUCUUUUGACCCUAGAACCUUCAUCAGUUUCUGCCCUGUCGCGCAGCGGACCACAGUCCGACCAGCAAUUAUUGAUGAUGGAGGAAGCGCAACCGACAAACAGCUACAUUAAUGCUCGUGGGGAGGCAAUAGAAGCAAUCGAGCGGACAAUAAAUGAACUAGGAAGCAUUUUCGGCCAGCUUGCCGGAAUGGUGUCCGAGCAGAGCGAAAUGAUUCAACGAAUAGACGCCAACACUGAAGACGUUGUCGACAAUGUGCAAGGGGCGCAGCGAGAACUCAUGAAGUACUGGAGUCGUGUCUCUGGCAAUCGAUGGCUCGUUGCAAAAAUGUUUGGUGUAUUAAUGAUCUGUAUGUCCUCUUCCCCCUCCUUCGUUCCUUCGUCCAUCCUAUUAUCCAAGUUGCCUUGACUGUCAGUGAUAUAUUCAUGUGCGAAAGCUAAUCAUAUCCACCCUCUAGUUUUCCUUCUAUGGGUCCUCAUCGCAGGGUGAAAAUCCCUAAUCCUUACAAUGAUCCCAGUUCUUCGCCAUG